AUGGCUGUUCCUGAAGGUACAAUGGAAACGCUUGCUGACAUUCCACACCAUGUGUGGAAGAGCUUGCCCGAUGGCCUGAGACUAAGCCCCUCUGCUGUUGAUCAAAGUCGAAUUGGUGUCUGGGCCUCUAGGUCGAUUCCUAAAGGCAAGAGGUUCGGCCCUUUUGUAGGAGAGAAGAAAAAGCGGUCCCAGGUGUCCAGCAAUGUAUACAUGUGGGAGAUGUAUUUUCCAGCCAGGGGCUGGAUGUGUGUGGAUGCCACAGACCCCAUGAAGGGGAACUGGCAACGGUAUGUAAACUGGGCUAACUCCACUCAAGAACAUAACCUUUUCCCCAUGGAGAUAAACCGAGCCAUUUACUACAAAGUGUUACGGCCAAUUGGGCCAGGGGAUGAGCUGCUGGUGUGGUACAAUGGGGAAGACAACCCUGAGAUAACAGCUGCACUAGAGGAAGAAAGAGGCAGCAGUCUGAGCAAGAAAAAUUCACCCAGGGCAAAGCGAGCCAGAAGAAAGCUGUUGGAGGGAGCAAGACAGGCUGGUUUGGGUGCAUUCCGUGGGCCCAAGCAAACAGGCGUAACCAAACCUAUUCUCAAAGAGAUGUGGGACACAGAGGAAGGUCCAAAUGAGGAAGACGAGAGACUCUCCCAAUCACCAGGGCCUUCCAAGGGGACUCGGGAGAGCUCCCCCAUGGGGAGGAACGGCCUCUCUCAAGCCCAGUUCAUCUCAGCAGCAAUGAGAGGGGAAGCGGAGGAGGAGGAGGAUGAAGAGGAAGACCCAGGGGAUCAGCAGCAGCCGCUGUCACUGACACAACAGAGUGCUCAGUCUGCUACUGAAGCUGAGCCAGAGGAGAGGAGUGAGCAGCCUGAUCUGCCACUAAGCCAUAGCAGCCCAGUUGAGGAGGGGCCUGGGAGCCUUCAGCAUGACACUGAGACUGCCUCACCCCUACCAAGGGCUGAACCAGAGGCAGACCCUGACCCCGACCCUGACCUGGAAGGUGACCCCCACGGAGAGGAGUCCCACCCCUGCCAGCACUGCGAGCGCCAUUUCUCCACCAAACAGGGCCUGGAGCGCCACACACACAUCCAUGCCACCGCAAACCAGCAAACGCACACGUUCAAAUGCCGUUACUGUGGCAAGUCUUUCGGCUCGCAGGUGGGGCGUCGGCGGCACGAGCGAAGGCAUGAGAACGGGCCAAAAAACAAAGGCCAACGGCCUGGCUCACUAGCUGGGACUGCUACUUUACUCACUCCUCUGGGGCAGGCUGGUGGUUCGAGCCCAGACUGUGGCACUGUCUCUGGCCACUAUGUUGUCAGGGGCUCCCCUGUCCCUGGAGGACCUAUGGGCAGCCUUGAGGUUGUGAGGAAGGACCCUGUGGCUGAGAGUGACCGGCCAUUUAUCGUGGAUGAGAAUGGUGAGACAAAGGAGCUUCAUCCCUGCAAGUACUGUAAUAAGGCUUUCGGCACUCACACCAACAUGCGCAGACACCAGCGCAGAAUCCACGAGCGCCACUUACUGCCCAAGGGUGUCCGCAGGAAAGGCAUGCUGCUGCAGGAGAACCCAUCUCAGCAGCAGCUGCAUCAUCUGCCUGAACAGUCCCCUAGCAUCAGCCCACCCCUCGUCUAUGUGCCCAGUGCAGACACUGAGGAUGAGGGGGACCGAGAGGAGUACCUGGUCGACAUAGCCAAUAACAUCUCUGAGAAUCUCAGCCUGUACAUCGACGGCAAGAUCCUGUCCACUAGUUCAGUCAGCGGCUGUGAGGUGAUCGAAGUGGACUCCAGUUCUGCAGCACUGUUUGGUCUCGACGCAGUGGUCAUCAGCCCCAAUCAGAUCAGUCAGGCUCUCAAAGUGGAUACCAGGACAUGUGCUGUGAGGCAGGUCUCGAAUCUCGGCCAGCCCAUGUCGAAAAGGAGAACGUCGACACCCCCGCUCAUGCCAAGUCUUAAAAUGGAGACUGAAACUGGGUCCUCUUCCGCCUCCUCUUCCUCCUCCACGUCUUCCUCAUCCGCCUUGUUGGUGGGAAGUGUCUUCCGUCAGUCCUCAGACUCAUUAGCAUUUCAGAAGGAGAAAACUAUCUAUCUGUCUCCUAAGCUCAAACAGCUCCUCCAGACUCAGACAGACAGUCAGAAACCUGCCAUUGCCCUGAUAGCAGAGAGGCACAGAUUAGCUCCCCCUCUCUCCGUUACGUCUCUGCCUGCAGCCUCAGGCAGGUUCAAGAGAAGAACAGCUUCCCCCUCCUCAUCUCCACAGCUCAGCCCUGCGCUGAAAGCAAACGGCUGUAAGAACGAGGCGGGGGUCUCGUCGUACACCCUCAAGGUGCCAAAUCUGGAGACCCUGGGCAUGUCCCCUGCCUGGAGUCUGUCCAGCAAGGAGGAGAGGGACACACUGAGUCCCAGCGGGAAGAACGGGUGCAGCUGGUCUGCCUCUCGGACUGGAGGGAACUCGUGUAAUCAGCAGCCCUUGGAUCUGUCCAGCUGCAUCAGUAAGAGGAGGGACAGCUUCAACAAGACGCCCGGGGAGGUAGUGCUGGAUUUAAGCAUGAGUCGGAAGAGUACAGCAGAGUCUAAGGGAAGUCCAUCUCCGGCACAGCCCCCCACCAAGAAGAAGAAGCCCAACACCAGCAUGCUAGAGAAGGUGUUGAUGAACGAGUACGCCGGCUUAAACCCAGCAGAAGAGGAAGGCUCUUCUCCCCUGGGAAGCCCAGAUUCUCAGUAUACUGCAGGCAGUGGUACAGGUACCGCAUCUCACAGUCCCUCUUCCAAUCUGCCCUUUGAAUCAGCCCAUCCCUCUCCCCCCUCUCUAACGCCCGUCACGAUGAACCCCUCCUCCCCUUGCGGCUCCAGCCUGACCUCUCCAACUCCACCUCCCCCUGUCCUACCCACCAUGCCCUCACCAGACGGCCCUACGCUCAUCAACUCUCUCCCUGUCCUCUCCCACAAAAUGUCCCCCAGAUCUAUCGACCAAGGUGAGGACGAGCCAGUUUGCGUAUCGAACUCUACCACAGCAGAGACAAUGUUAGCUGCAGUAAGUAACAUUUAUGGAGAUGAGGAACAUAUCAAUAAGCCAAUAGACUCUAAUCCAGAUCCCCUUACCAGGGAAGCUAUUUCAAGCCCCUCUACGGAGCCCUCCUUGGUAUCUGAUGCUGUCGCUCUGAGUCUGUCCUCAACACAAUCGAAACCUGCUAGGACUGGGAACCAGCUGGAUGUCCAAGUGAAUCAAGACCUGGAACCGAUUAUUACUGAGGGACAGGAGAAAUCCCAAUGCUCUGAACUCCCUGUAUUAUCAUCCGUAACAGAAUCCCUCCUCUCUGCCUCAUCGACCUCGCCUGCUGCCAUAUCGGAUAUCCCAGCUCCACCAGCGGUCUCCCCGCCAUCUCUCUCUAGCACUGUGAUUAAAGGGGAUCCCCAGCGCAGUGAACAGCUGGCUGACUUAGUCCUUUCUCCUAGUGGCACAUGGUCUUCACCUCUGUCUGCUGCUGCUGACAAACCCUCGUCGUUGUCAGGGGAGGAGGAGGGAUCGCCGCCAGAGCCCUUCAGUAAGAGCUUUGUGUGUAAUGUAUGUGAGGACCCCUUCCGCGCCAUCAAAGAGCUCAGUCGGCACAUCCUAGAGCACGCCGCUGAGUGGCCCUACAAGUGUGAGUUCUGCGUGCAGCUGUUCGGGAAUGCCCCUGCUCUGCUGGAGCACCGCACGGCUCUCCACGGCGUGGGACGCGUCUUUGUCUGCUCCGUCUGCUCCAAGGAGUUCGCCUUCCUCUGCAACCUCCAGCAGCACCAGAAGGACCUGCAUCCCAGCCAGCUGUGCACUCACACAGCGGUGGAGAAAGGCAAGCCCAGGCCACAGAACUACACAGACCCAGCCAGGGCCAAAGAGGAGAGUAACCCCUCCUCAACCGUAGCCACAGGGCCUGAGUCCUCUCCUGAAGUUGCUUCCUCCCAGGGGGUCUCUGAUGUGAAGAAGGAGGAGCCUGAUACUAACGGGAAGCAUGAGGAGGAUGGACUGGAGGACCUAACUGAAGAGCUGUACACUACUAUAAAGAUCAUGGCCUCUGAGGGAGGCAAGCCUAAAGGCCCAGACGUACGCCUGGGCAUUAAUCAACACUACCCCAGUUUCAAGCCACCCCCCUUCCCCUACCACAACCGCACUGCUGCAGGCUCUGUGGCCUCGGCCACCCACUUCACUACCCACAACAUCCCCCAGACAUUCAGCACUGCCAUCCGCUGCACCAAAUGCGGCAAGAGUUUCGACAACAUGCCCGAGCUGCACAAGCACAUACUAGCCUGUGCCAACGCCAGUGAUAAGAGGCGGUACACUCCCAAGAAGAACCCCAUCCCUCUGAGACAGAUAGUGAAGCCCCAGAACGGCUCUCUGUCGCCUGCCUCUGCUGCCAACGCAGGGCACAACGCCUUCCGCAGAAUGGGCCAACCCAAGAGGCUCAACUUCAACCAAGAACCGCUUGGCAAAACCAAGAUGAGUUCCCUCGGUAAGAAGAAGAGCCAGCUGGUUCAGAAGGCCAUCGGGCAGAGGAAUGAGACUGCAGCUACUGUUAACAAGGCCCCUAGCCAGGUUAAACAGGAGGAGCCGCAAGAGCAGGAGGUCCACGUAUGCCCUCACUGCAGCCGAGAGUUCACCUACCCUGCCAGCCUCAAUAAACAUAUAGCAGGCAGCUGUCCCAUGAAGCCAGUCUCUAAGAAGGCCAAAAAAGGAGCCGCAACAGAGGCAACACCAGCUGUAGACAAAAACAUGAGCCUUCGACGGAGAACCACAGACUCUGAGAUCCAGCAGCCAGAACCGACUGAGCCGGUUCCCAAAACGCUUAGCAAAACUCGGGCUCGCAACUCUGGACCUGGCCCUGCGGAGGCUGAGGCCCCACCACCGGUAGGUAAAGGAAAGAUGGCUGCCACACAGGUGUGCACCAAGAGGCCAGCCUCUUUCCCAGCAGCCACAGUUUCUCUCGGCAAGAAAAGUAAAAAAGGCAAAGUUCAAUCGUUACCCCCCACCCCGUUGCCCUCCGAGAGUCCCAGUGACUCUGCACUGCGGCCAGCAGCUCAGACAAAGCAACACAUGGGCAAGGAAGUGCCACCCAAGAAGGGAGCGGAGGUGAAAUCGCCCCCACAGCAGCAGUCUCAGGUGCCGCCUAAGAAAGAAGGGGAACGGUUCUCUCUGAGAGCGAGGGAGCGAGCUGUCGGGCCGGUGACCCGGAGCCUACAGAUGGCCAACACUGCAGCUCCUGUGGAGGUGAAAACAGAUGACCUCUCCAGCCAGGAGCCUGAAGAGACCCAGGAGUACUUGCUGAAGUGAGCCAGGUAGAGAAAUGUGGAUUCUGAGGAUUAACAAGUCCCCGGCUAGGAGGAUGUCGCUGUGCUGGCUCGCCUCUGAGGAGAAACUCGGGCCUUCCCAAGGAUCAGACAGACACACAGACAGACACAGACAGACACACAGACACACAGACAGACACACACAGACACACACAGACAGACACAGACAGACAGACAGACAGACAGACAGACAGACAGACAGACAGACAGACACACAGACAGACACACAGACAGACAGACACAGAGACAGACAGACAGACAGACAGGAGGAUCUGGAGGUGUGCUGGCGCCAUUACAGGACAACAUGAACUCUGCGCUCUACUCCCUUCACAUGCUGUGUUGGCUGAACAGAGGGAGGCGCGCCUCUCUCUACAUCACUCUCUGUGAAAUGAGCCUGGGACAGGGUGCAGAUUUUAAACACAAAAAAAGAAAGGAUUAAACAGACUAUUAAUGACAAUGAAUAAAUAUUAUAUAUAUAUAUAUAUAUAUAUUGUGUGUCAUAACUUGACUCGUAACAUUGAUAUUGGGGUUCCGUAACGGUUAAAAGCUGAUAUUGCAAAUGGCAAUCAUUUAUAUCCGUUCACAAAACUGGUCUGGUGUUUCUUUUCGAUCCGUUUUUUUCCAUUGUUUGGUGGUUGAUGAAUCCUCCGACAUCUCCGUCUCUUAAUGCAUGUGCUGAAUCCAGCUGAACUAGAGACCUGUCCCUUGUCUGCGUGUCUCCAUGUUAAGUCCUGCGCCUACUUUGAUUAAUACACAUGAUUUGCAAAUGAAUGUGUAUAUUUGAUUUCACGCAAUGCUCCGUUGAGAAUACAUUUUGGAACAUCUCUUCAUUGGCAGAUUUUUAUUUUUGUCGGGAAGCCAAGAUGAAACGGAACUGUUUUCAACUGUAGAAAUGGCUUGUCAGAAACGGCGUGUCCCAAGUGUGUGUGUGUGUAUAUGCAUUCAAACGUGCGUAUGGGUAAGCUUGCACCUUAUGUGUGGGCUGACAACCGUUGUCCCCUUGAUCUCAAAGUUGAGAUGUCUGUUUUCUCUCCGGCAUGUUUUCCUUAUGUUGCUUAUCAGAGGAUAACUAGAACAAUGCAGCCGUAUACCUCUUGACAGUUAGUUCCCUGGGAAGGGAUAGGGGAAGAUGACAUUGAAAAUGUGUGUGUGUGGGGGGGGGGGGGACACUGCCACUUAUCCAGUUUAUUGACAUUGUGGAUUUCUCAGAGGCUCACAUUUUAUUGAUGUGUCAUAGAUGGUUAUAAGUCGUCUGAAAGCACUUUAAAAACAUCUGCCAAACUGUUUUGAUUGAAUCGCUACGAAUCCUUGAAUGAUUUGGGUUCAAAUGUGAAGAAUGGAAUGUGGAGAUCUCUAUUACAUAUGACUGAGAACUUGGGUUGCCUCAGAAAGUCAGUGAAAUAUAGUCGUUGGAAUAUUGCCCUCGUUUAAGACUCCCUGUAGAUUGAGCAAUUUUGAAUAGUUCCCCAGACUUGAUUUCAUCCGUAUGAUGUAAUCAAAUGCAUUAAUCUGAAAUAUGUAGCGGCGGUGGUCGUGUGUGGAGGAUUGCCAAAAAUGUUCCACCAUGAUGAUGUUAGGAUUUUUUUGUUUUGUUUAAGGUUUGAUAAUUGGUGUCAUGGCUGUAGAUGAGGAGAGCAGAAGCCACUGUGUUCCAGUAAUAAGGAUGGCCUUGAAAAGUUGCUUCAGUUCUUAUGUUCCUUGCAGCUGCAAACAGGCCGCAGUAAGGUCAUUUGAUUGCUGUUUUUUUCUGUACCUACAGUCAAGGGUGGCUGGGAAGGUAGUGUAUCUUCUUCAAUGUCAUCUAUAUGUAGACCUAUUACAUGUUAUACUUUGACAAAGUAUUGUACUUUUGAUUAUGAUUAGUCCCUAUCUAUCCCAUGAUGUGCUAUAUAGAGGAAUUCUGUCCCUGUUUACAAUGCUCACCCCACUGUUGUUCCUUCUGGACCAUCUGCCUUUUACAGCUGAGGUAGAGGAGAGGGAUAUGACUCAAGUGCUUGUAGCAUGUUUGGAAAAAAAACUGUAGUUGAACUAUAUAUAUAUAUUAUAAAGCUAAUUUAUGAUAUUUCCGUUGCCUUCCUGCAUCGGUAUUCCUGAUAAUUCUCUUCGGAGUGAAAUUAAUGGAGAAUCUUCUAAUAUAUGUUUGAGGAUGAAUGAACAAAGACGUAUCCCUGUUGACCUCAUUAUGUAAAACAUAUUGUUCUAAUUGAUAUAUUAAAGCCUUUUUCAAUUUGC